GAUUUUGGAUUGUGCAGGUCGAGUUACGAACGGGCGUUAUUUGGGCAUUCCCUAUCCGGUAUUUGGCUUUCAGCGGUGGUGUCGGAAAAGGUGGACAUGGAAGAAGAUCCAUCAAUGAUUAUUAAAGGAUAACAUAAAGUGAGGUUCAACUCACGAUAGCGAAACACUCAUCAUUAGUGUAGUUAGGUCGAUUGAUGGUGUUGUGUUUUUGGUUCUAAGAUGCUUUAAACAAAACUUGGUUCAGUUAUUUUUGGAGAAGUGAAAGAGUGAAGUUUUUAUGAUCGUCCACACGUAAAUUCAAUGCUCUUUUCUUAAAAAAAAACUCUCUGGCUGUUGGUUAGGAAAACAUAGUGAAAAAUAUGUGCUUGUGAUAUUUUUGGAUUUAGUCCAAUCGUGCAGUGGGUUGUCACAUAGUGUCAAGAGGCUAAAGGUUUACAACAUAAAACAUAGAGGAUACUAUAUGUGCUCUAGUGAAGCAUGACAUACCUGUAAUCGAUAUGAUAAACAAUAUGAAGGGAAAAUGAAAAAAAGUGUUCCGUUCGGUCUGGAAUUGAUCAAACGUGUCAAAGUGUGGUUUAUCUACCUCUACAGCAUAGCCAAUAUAUUCAGUACCGAUAAUGCAACCAACGAGUAAUUCCGAUGCCGCCAACCGUCAAUGCGCUUCCACAGCGAAAAAAAUCAAGAAUGCAAGGAUGCGUAGAUCGUCAACAUCUUCGUCAUCCAGUGGGGGAAACCCGAGAUCUAAGACCGACAAACCCCUCAAAGCGAUACAAAUUGAAGCACAAUUGAAAUCCGAGAGCCCAAAGAAACGUAGCUGCGACGAUGUUUGUCGAAUAGGCGAUAUCAAAUCUAAAAUUGAUGAACCAUCGGAGUUACGUAGAGAACUUCAGCAUGUUUACUACAUGUUGGUGGCAUUGGUAUGUUGUGUUUUUGGGCUUUCAUGCUGGGGGAUCAAUUACGUCAAUGGCCGACUAUACGAGAAAGUUCCGACGAAGGUCAGUUCUUCCAUCGUACCAACGAUACUAAACGAACAAAGAGUUACAGAAAUUGUUAGUAGCUAUUUUAAGAACAACAUCGAUAAACUUAGUCAAGAUUUAUUAGCACACCAUCGGGUGUCGGCUGAGAUUAGCUCUGCCUUGCCUUACUUACGAUCACAAAACGAGCGAAAAUCCUCCAAGCCCCUUGAAGGAAAUAGAGUCAAGAGAGAUCACAGUAUUUUUGAUGAAAAUCUUGUUCCAGACCAAGAAGGACCCAAAGUGGAGUUUUUCAAUCCGAAGCUGAGGAGCGAGCUGGAAAAGAAGGAUGCUGAAAUCAUUAAGAAAACCGGCAUGAAAGGAGCCGCCCCCGGUGGCGAUACAUGGGUUUGGCUGACAAGCUACUCUCGGAUUCCUUUUGAUGCAAUUACCGGUUUCUGCCGGGCAACAAAAGAGUACUGUCCGCCUGGUCCUCCCGGUCUACCUGGUAUUCCUGGACCAAAGGGUAAUCGAGGGGAUGUUGGUCUACCCGGUCCGGCUGGUAUUGAUGGGCGCGAAGGCAAACCAGGCCCACGUGGCCCUAAAGGAGAAAUCGGAUACCCCGGGAAUCCCGGGUUGGAUGGAAGAGAUGGUGUGCCGGGAGAACCCGGUCUCGAUGGUGUCCCUGGUCGAGCUGGAGCGGAUGGCAUUCCCGGUCGAGAUGGAAAAGAUGGCACCCCAGGUGUGAAUGGACAGAACGGGAUAGAUGGUAAAAAUGGUAUUCCCGGACCCAUGGGACCAGUUGGACCGCCCGGUGAUCCAGGACCAAGAGGCUUGCACGGACCUCGUGGUAAACCUGGACGUCCAGGUAUAAACGGUACGCCGGGAACGCCUGGAAUCAACGCCUGGAAGAUUAAGGUCAAUGAUACGUUCUCUAACGAAUUGCUCGUUCCACCCACAAUAGCAGGUGCUGGAACACCGGAAGCACUUCGUCCGAUUGUGGUAAAGGAAGGCACUCACUUGAGACUCCGUUGUGCAGCUACAGGGACACCCAAACCACAUGUUGAAUGGCGACGUGAGGAUGGAAAAACGAUAUCCAAUGGUGCAUGGCAAGCUUCAUCCAUGGCAGGACACACUCUCAACGUUACCAAAAUCAACCGUGUGCAUAUGGGAGCUUAUCAGUGUUUGGCAGACAACGGUAUUCCUCCACCAGCGAAUCAGACAUUCAACAUUGAAGUCCAUUUUCCGCCACUAGUACGGGUGCGGAAUCAAAUGGUAUACGCAAAUAAUGGAUCGACUGCUACUUUCGAAUGUGAGGUGGAAGCUUUUCCGGAAGCUCUAAAAUACUGGGAGCGAGUACCGGGAGGUCGCCUUCUGGAACCAGGAGACAAAUACCAAAUGGAAACACACAACGACGGAUACAAAUCAAUAAUGAGGUUGAAUAUAACAAACAUUCGCCUAUCAGACUUUGGCGAAUACCAUUGUAUUGCCAAAAAUGAGCUAGGCAUAAUACAGGCAGAAUUUCAUCUGAUGGAACAUUCACCAUAUAUCAUCCAUCGACCAGGAGGACUCGGCGAAACACAAGAGUAUGGCAAACCUCCACCAAAGGUGGAAUCAUACGAGGAAAUCUGUGGACCUCCAACAACUUGUCCGGAAUGUCCAGAUCCGAGGGACUUCAAGUGCAAAGACACAAUUGUUUCUCUUUAUGAUCUAGUGGGAAACUUGGAAAUCAAACAAACUGGGAAUAUAAGCUAUCCUGGAUUACCUAACAGAACAACAGAUUGCGUGUUGUAUGCUGUCGGAAAACCAGUCUAUCACAAAUACACCGAUCAAAACUAUGGUGCUUGGUUGAAAGACGCUGCGUCAAGGAAUGAAGCAAUAGAGAAAAAAAUUUGGGCGACGCGAGAAAAUGAUACAAGUCGCUUGUUCGAAUUUGCUAAUAAAACCACCUAUCGGAACAAUGUAGCCACUAAAACGUACCGUUUGGAUAAAGCAUUUCGGGGAAACGCUCACGUAGUAUACAACGGAUCAUUUUACUACAACGAACGAAACUCACCACGAAUCGUCAAAUAUGACCUCAACUCAGAACGACAAACAGCGGUCAAAGAGAUCGAAGGUGUGACUGUGAAUGGUUCCAAUUAUCUUUACACGACUGAGUUCAAUUACAUGGACUUCAACGUGGACGAUAACGGACUUUGGGUCAUCUACAGUACACUGGAAUCCAACAACACAAUCGUCGCCAAGCUUAACGAGUACAACCUGGAUAUACAGUAUAGUUGGAAUAUCAGUGUGAACCAUCACAAGGUGGGCGAAAUGUUUAUCGUAUGUGGCGUCCUGUACGCCAUUGAUUCCGUAACGGAGCGCAACACAAAGAUUAGACUGGCACUGGAUUUAUAUCACAGUAAGCUUCUCGAUGUCAGUCUAACGUUCACUAAUCCGUUCCGAAAGACCACAACUGUUGGAUAUAAUCCCAAAAAUAAGGAACUAUAUACAUGGGACCGAGGCAACCAGUUGACCUACCCUAUUCGGUAUCAUGUUGCUGAAUACAACACAACUGCCAGCGAGAAGACCGACGAUGCCCUGAACCCACAGAUGCAGACCGGAUAUGAUAUCUUUAAUGAUCAUGAUAAUGACGACGAUGGUGUUAAUUAGAGACUCGUUGCAAUACUCUAAAUCAAUAAGUAACUGUCAUGUGCAAUGUGUAACUUUGAAUAAAUAUUUGCCCGGAUUCUGAAGAUUUUCUAAAUCAUGGCUGAUAGUGCUUAGACUAAUAAAACUGUAUUGUGGAUCAUAUAUCUAAACAAAACAAUUGAAUAUGGAACGCACGAAUAUUUUAUAACUAUAUACAGCAAUAAAUCAGAUAUUUUACAGAAUAAUUCACGAUGAGGUGUAUAUUUCAAA